GUGUAAUAGGAUGAAUGGAGAUUGUGGCGAGCAGCAUCUGGUUACACACGGAGAAGGGGGAGUUUACGGCACCGCCCCAAAGAGGACGACACGCGUGUUAUUUUUUAUUUUAUUUUUACCUUUUAAAAAAAGUCUUUGCUUUCAAACGGAGGAGCUCGUCAGCGAGGAGCUUGUUUUUGGUGACUUUGAGGGGGGGCCGAAGACAAACUGCGGAAUGAACUCCCAGAAUGUCGCACUUUUCAAAGGUGUGAAGGAUUAACCGUUUUAUUUCCACAUCUCUACAAAGACUGGGAAGACUUCUGGUUCUGGUUUUGUUCCUGCGGGUCGGAACCAAGCAGGCUGUCCAAGACUUAGGGUGUCUUCUGUUUGGACAUCUGUCCAUCUCGGUUUUCAUCUCUGGUAAGUUUCUUCUCGAGCCGCCAUCAUUCUGUGCUGCAAGGCCGACUCCAAAAUGUCUUCCAACGGAGACCUCAGUGAGCUGGGGAGCUCGGACAGCUUCUGGGAGCCGGGAAACUACAAGAGAACAGUGAAACGGGUGGAUGAUGGGCACCGCCUUUGCAAUGAGUUGAUCACCUGCUUCCAGGAGAGGGCAAAGAUAGAGAAGAGCUACUCUGUGCAGCUCAGCGACUGGGCGAAGCGAUGGCGAAUCAUUGUGGAGAAAGGUCCUCAGUAUGGUACGCUGGAGAAGGCAUGGCAUGCCUUCAUGCAGGCAGCUGACCGGCUUAGCGAUCUGCAUUUGGAACUGCGAGAUCGGCUAGCCGGUGAAGACAGUGAGAAGGUGCGCAACUGGCAGAAAGAUGCUUUCCACAAGCAGAUGAUGGGAGGCUUCAAGGAGACCAAGGAGGCAGACGAUGGCUUCCGCAAGGCCCAGAAAGCUUGGGUCCGUAAACUGAAGGAGGUGGAGUCCAAUAAGAAGAGCUACCAUCAGACCAAGAAGGAGGAAUGGACGGCAGUUACUAGGGAAACGCACGCCAAAGCUGACCCCUCCAAGUCCCAGGAGGAAGUUCGCAAAUACACGACCCGAGUGGAGCGCUGCAGUCAAGAAGCUGAGAAAGCAAAGGAUCGUUACAAAAAGUCCCUGGAGGAGCUGAACCGCUGUAAUCCUCGCUACAUGGAGGAUAUGGAGCAGGUGUUUGACAUUACCCAGGAGGCCGAGCGCAAGAGGCUACGCUUCUUUAAAGAUGUCCUGCUGGAUGCCCACAAACACCUUGACCUGUCCAGCAAAGAGGGGUUCCACGCUCUGCAUCGGGAUCUGGGUCAAACCAUCCAAGCGGCCAAUGACACUGAAGAUCUGAGAUGGUGGAAGAACACCCAUGGACCUGGCAUGAGCAUGAACUGGCCUCAAUUUGAGGAGUGGUCUCCGGAGCCUAGUCGCUCCAUCAGCAAGAAAGACGGAGGUGGACACUCUGAGGAGACCGUGGUAACUCUCACCAACAUUGUCUCAUCAGGAGAAGUCCCACCCAGCCCCAGCAUCCAGGACACCGGCAGGAAAGACUAUUCUUCAGACUGGUCUGACGAGGAGAGUCCUAAGAGGGUGCUGGCGAUGAACGGAGUGGGGGAGGUGGAGGAUGAGGUGGAGGGCGUGCAUGUCUGUGCACUCUAUGAUUACACGGGCCAGGAGGCAGAUGAGCUGAGCUUUAAAGCAGGAGAGGAGCUGCUGAAGCUCGGAGAAGAGGACGAGCAGGGCUGGUGUAAAGGACAGCUGAGCAGUGGGCAGAUUGGCCUCUACCCCGCCAACUACGUCAAGGUCCUCACCUCCUGAUGGCCCGCCCCCUCCGGCAGCCCCACCCUCUCCGGAGGUCCCGCCAAUGGUACAGCCAUACUCAAGUUGCCAGGACCAGUCUUAAAUGAUCUAGGCUGAUAUGUAGACACGCCCUCUGUGAAGCCAGACCAUUUUCAGUGUUCUGCUCCUUCUGUUCUGUUCUUUUUUUUCUUUUUCUUUUUUUUAAAGCUACAUGUGAAAAUCUUUGGAACGUCCAGUUCAGGAAAGUCCCUUUUAAACAGCAACAUUUUAGUUUGUAUCUUUGAUCAGAAAUAAGCUGUAUUUGAUUAAAGAGGAUGGAGUUAACUAUGAUAGUGGCCUGUAAAGAGUUUUGGGUUAAAGGACUAAGGCAGCCCUUUAGGAAUUAUCCUACACUUGAAUAGGAACCACUUUCUAAACGGCACGACU